AUGGCGCCCUCGGGACUCCUCGUGACGGGCGUGUCCUUCGCUGCGUUCCGGGGACUGCACUGGGGGAUGCAACUGCUGUCCGCGCCUGGACCUGCGGCGCAGGACCGAUGGAAGUGGCGGAACAUCUUUGUCUCUUUUGUGCACAGUCUGCUUACAGGGGUCUUGGCGCUGCUCGGGCUGUCGCUGUACCCUAAGAUGUUUACCGACCCGAUUCAUGGCCACCCGCCCUGGGCCCUGGCACUCGUGGCUGUAUCUGUGGGUUAUUUCCUGGCGGAUGGAGCUGAUAUACUGCAGAAUCAGACCCUGGGUCAGGCCUGGGACCUACUCUGUCACCAUGUGGUGGUGAUUAGCUGCCUCAGCACCGCUGUUCUGUCUGGCCACUACGUGGGCUUCUCCAUGAUCUCUCUCCUCCUGGAGCUGAACUCUGCCUGCAUGCACCUGCGCAAGUUGCUGCUACUUUCUCACCAGGCCCCAUCCCUGGCCUUCAGUGUGGCCAGCUGGGCCACCCUGGCCACCCUAGCCCUCUUCCGACUGGCGCCAUUAGGGUGGCUGAGUCUGUGGCUUUUCUGGCACAGUCACCGUGUGCCUCCUGCUUUGGUUCUCCUUGGUGGGACAGGGCUGGUCGUGGUAGGGGUCAUGAGCAUCAUACUGGGUGUCCGCCUCCUGGUCAACGAUGUUCUGCGAUCUCGGCCCCAUCCACCCACUGCUGGGCACAAGAGGACCAGAACAUGUGAUGGUGAGCUUGCCAGGCCUAAGCCCAGAGACAAUUCCACUCUCAACCUGAAAGACUAG